AUGUAUAAAGUCAAGGAAAACACCAAUAGCUUGAUGGUUUUGCAGACCAUAGCUCAAUCCAUAAAAACUCUCCUUGGUUGCAAUAAAAGUAUCAAAUGCUUCAUCGAUGAGAAUGACGAAACCGCUGUCAAAUUCUUGCUCACACCGCUAGAUUUCUUACAAAAUGUAAACAUCCUUCAUCCGGCAAUUCAUGUCAUUGCGGAGUCCUGCAAUAAACACUGCAAAGAAUACGGUACAUGUAGUACAACAUUAUUAGUUAUAGCUGGAUUACUAGCUAAAGAAACGGAAUGCCUCAAUAAACAAGGAAUUCCAAUACAUGUCAUUACAAAAUUAUUCGAUGAAGCAUUAGCAAUUUGUAUCAAGAAAUGUGAGCAGGUGGCGAUAAAUUUGUCGAGCAUGAGCUCAUGGUCUAUCUUAGCUGAAAGUCAUGAAAACGAAUCUAAUCUUUCACCAGAAGAAAGCGAUGAAAAUAACUUAUACGUAACUAGAAUUAUUAAUAUGCAAGAUAAAAACGACUUUAGUAUCUUUCUGAAGGGAACAUAUGAUAAAAUCGCCACAAUGUCAGAAACAGAUUCUAAAAUUUACACAAUACUAUCUUAUCUAGGUCAAAAGUUAAGCCGUGGCGAUUACUCAUUAACCAGACUUGCAAUAGAUGCUUUAUGGAAGCAAUACCAAAAUUCAAGUACUAACGAUUUAAGUACAUGCAGAUUUUAUCUCGCCACAAUUGAUACAAUCGAGAUACUUGGUCCUCCAGUAGCAGAGUCGACAUUGAUUUCAGGCAUUGUCAUUAAUUGUACUAGUGAAGCAUACUCGUUAUGUGGAAAACUUAACAAGAAGAAAUUAAAUAUAAUCUUACUAAAUGGCGAUAUCACUUUUCAAUUUCGACAUAUUGGAUAUGAAGAUAAAUAUAAAGAAGUAACUUAUAUAACAGCUGAUCAAUUAAGUAUGGAAAGAAGAACAGAACAGGAUAGAUGGCUGAAGAAUAUCGCUGAUAUCCUACACAAGAAUGACAUUGGUUUACUUGCUGUGAAAGGAUACGUUGAUCAGCGCAUUGUGGAUCUUUGUCAUAGCAAUGAUAUAGUAUUAUUGUCUGCGUUAAGUUACAAUCAACUUAAAGCUUUGUCGUUAGCUACCGGAAAUGUUAUCUUGACGUACAUUCCCGACUUUAAUGAGGUACAAAUUGGACUUACAGUCACAGUACAACAAUGGGUAUGUGGCUGGAACUCUAAGAAAACUAUAAAUAAAAGGACCAAUAAAGCUGUUGUAUCAUACCAUGUCUUAAUCCAAUGUGAGGCUCCGAAAACUACUUUGCAGAUGGCGGUCAUACAUGGUAGUAGUAGAGCAUCUCUCAAGAGUGCAACGCAGCGCUUCAAAUCUUGUUUAAACCGGAUUUACAAUGUUUUACACUUUGGCAGAUGUUUACCAGGAGGUGGAUACACAGAAUUGCUUUGUUCUGAAUAUCUUAAAAUUCAGAAAAAGUUUAUACCGCCUUCUAAAACAAUGAUAAUAGAUCAUAAAGUGAUUGCCAACGGAAUGGAUGAUGACAACAAAUCUGUAAAUAAUAUUUGGUCUUACGAACUAAGCUUAUAUCGUUCGAUUGUAUGGACUGCGUUUAUCAACGUUUUAGAUGAUUAUGUUGCUACUAUAUUACUGAACGACGAGUGUGGUAAUAAAUUUGAAACACUCAAUUUAGUUCAUCAAUUCAAAAAGCAAUGUAUCGAUAUCAGUAAAACUAAGAAUUUUCUUUAUUCGUGGCCAGUACUUGACGACUUCACUGGUAAAACAGCAGCUUGGAAGCAAGCAGUUCACAUCGUUAAAAUUUUGGCUCAUAGCGAUUAUGUGAUCAUAACCGAUGUAAAAUAA